AUUGCAAGGUGCAACUCGAUUCUCGAAUUGAAACUUCAAAUGAGCAGGGAGCAAACUGCAAUUUUUAAUUUUUGAAGUUACUUUGUAUUAUUGUAUUUGUAGUUGAUUUUAUUUUCUGAUAUAACAAGAUAGAAUAAUGUCAGAAAAUAAAGAAGAAACGAGUAAAGAAAUUGAUCCGGAAUUGGAUGAACUAUUAGACAGUGCCUUACAAGACAUGCUAAAGUCACGAAAACAGGAGAAACCUGAACCCGCAGAGAACAUGUGGAGCGAGGAGUUUAUCAAGGAGGCUGCAGCGCAGUUCGAGAGCAACAUGGCAGCCAUUAUGGGAGGCUUUAGCGGCAUGCCAGAGGAUCAAAUAACUCAAGAACAAAUUGCACAAACCUUCACUAAAAUGGCUGAAGCGGCCGCGCAUGUUUUGCAGCCACAGUCAGAAAACCUGGAAGUGGCACAAAACAACGAGACAGACCCAGUCGCCCGGAAUAAGAUUGACGAGGUGUCGGCGGCGAUAUCACAGACGCUGCAGAGCCUCAACAGCAACACGGAGGCGCUGAAGACACCGUUCUCGGAGCAGGACCUAGCCGGCAUGUUCAGCAACUUCAACAUGGCCGACGCGGACUCGGGUCAGGACGGCAACAUGUUUGUGCCGUUCAUGCAAGGCAUGAUGCAGUCCCUGCUGUCCAAGGAGGUGCUGUACCCCUCGCUGAAGGACCUGGUGGAAAAGUACCCCGCGUGGCUGGCUAGCAACAAGGGCAAGGUGGAACCCGCAGACUACGAGAGGUAUGAGAAGCAGUUCGAGCUCAUGACGAAGGUGUGCAGCGAGCUGGAGCCGGAACAGGAGUCCGACUCUGACGAUGUCAAACGGAGACGAUUCCAAGUGGUGCUCGACCUCAUGCAGAAGAUGCAGGACCUAGGUCAGCCCCCCACGGAGCUGGUGGGGGACAUAUCCGCCCCCCCGGAAGGGUUCGUCGCGCCCCCGGGGCAAGACGCGUCGUCUUGCUCACUCAUGUAGUCCUAGUACAUUAAUAUAUUCGGGCUAUCGCAAUAAAAUAAAUGAUUUUUACAAAUUUAAUACAAUUUAAAAGGUGAAUUAUAAAUUAGUGAUUUUAAAUUCUUUUCAAAGCAUUCACUACAAUUGUGACGGUAACUUAUUCCUAAGUUAGAACAUGAUCUUGAGCUAAAACUCUGAAACGCAAAAUUUUAUACCUAAAAAAACCAAACCAAAAAUGUAAUAUAAUUUUUAUGUUCUUAAAAUUAUACUACAUAAAAGUAAUUGGAUGUAUAUAAAUUGAAAAUAACCUAUUUAGGCGUACUUUUUACUAUUUGUGAGUAUUGAAUCAGCCUGAGAUGUCAGCUCGGGUGUGUAACGCUAGUUCGGGUGAAGACUGGACUCGUCUCGACCAAGGGAACGAGAUGAGACUAAUAAAUACACAAUUAUUAUUAUGUACAUUGUUAAUAACUUUGUGAAUAUAAAAGAAAGAAUUGUAUUUAGUGUUUUUGUCGUCGCGUCGCCUUGAUAAAGUUUUGACUUGGGUUGUGUUUCGUAUUAAGCCGGUUUGGUAUUUUGUUUCUUGGUUCAGCUUGCAGCGCAAGUAAUUAAUUAAUGAAGUUCUAGUCCGCUUGCUGCACGAAAGGUUUCGUACUAUCAGACAAGAUUGACUUACUUGACUUAAGUUCCUGUAUUCCCUAUCUGGGACAGAGGGCAUCCACAGUGCAUCUACAUCGCGAUCGGUCCUGAGCAUCUCUCUUGAUUUCACUCCGGUCUUUCGGAUGUCUUUCGCUCUGUCAAUGACAGUCUUCCGCCAGGUUUGCUUUGGACGGCUACGGUUGCGUUUUCCUUGAGGGUUCCAGUCUAGGGCUUGCUUCGGUAUAUGGUUGGGUUCCCUCCGGAGUGUGUGGCCUAUCCAGCUACAUUAUCGGACCAGAUAACAUAUUUAUUAAAUACUCGUUCAAUACGGUUGUUAAACAUGGCGCACUAUCAGUGGCUAUAAUUUUGAUUUUCUAGGCUUCUUUUUUUACGAGCUGAAUCAUUACUUGUAUAGUUUAGUUUUAAAUUUAUGACUCAACUUAAAAAAAAAGAUGUGUGCAAUGCAAUUCACACGUAGUACAAGUGAAACCUUAAAAAAUUUUGGCUUCAAAAUGGUCCGCACUUGUAUAAUAAUUUUAAAAUGUGCAUGAACCUCUAAACUACAUAUGAAGUCCUGGUACAUGUUGCUAGGAUGACACAUGAAUUCAACCGCUAUGAAUGACAUUACUAUCACCGCUACCAUAUUUGUGUUCUCCUGGUGUCUAUGUAACAAUACGUCACUGCCAAGACUGAUUCUUUAAUGAGUACGGGCCCCGUCCGUUUACGUCAGAACUGAUGAUACUCUGCACAAAAAUAUAUGAUGUAUUUAGUAUUAAUAAUUAAUUAUGUUAAUACUCGCUGCCCGGACAGACUUCGUUCUGUCAAAAGUUAAUACGAAAAAAAAAUAUAAUGUAUUUCCGAGUGAAAAAUCCAUUGCGUAGUUUCAAAGAUCUAAGCGACAGCGAGAAGCGACUUUUUAUACUAUGUAGUGAUACAUAUGUUACCGUCAAUGUGUAUAAUCUGGUAUUAACCGGUAAUACCUAGGAAAUGUGAAGAAGACCUGUGCCGGCCAUACAAUAUAUGAAAUAUUAUUAAUUGGUCCAUUAGGGACUGUAAUGUAUACCUGGUGAUCCUAUGGGCAAAAUGAAAAGUACAUUUAUUUAUAUAAUAUAUAGUUAUCUUGUAAUUAUACAUAUGAUGGAAA